CGCUUGGCUUGGCAGUGGCAGUGGCAGUGGCAGUGCUAGUGCUGCUCCCCAAACUUCCUUCAAACUCGAUCUCUUCUCCCAAAUGUCAAACAGGACUUCGGUUAUUCCUCCCCCACUUUGUAUGCUUCUGCUCAUCUUCAAUUAUUAAUUGUUAUUCGAAGACUACAAUAAUCUUUUCCACUAAUGUUCACCGUAUUUCUUUCUUCAUCCUAACCACAAAUGGCUGCCACUGUUUCACCAAUAACCUUUGCUUUGUCUAUCAAAAACCACCCUGUCAAGAGCCCAUCAAAAAAUUUUCUUUUCAAUCCACUAAUCACUGGUAAAAACACUACUAGACUAUUCCUUGAGUCGAAGACUUUUUUCACGUUUCAAAACUCUCGUUCUCAACACUUGGGUCGUUUUGUUUCCUCGUAUAUACGCACAAGAUUAUCUUCAUCUGAUGGAUUUCUUGAUAUUACCACUCAAGACAAAAAGAUUUUGCCUUUCGCUGAGGAAAAGCCUUGGAAAUAUCUUUUAUGGGUACUUUUCUGGGCUUCUUUAUCUCUUGUUUGGUCCGCUGCAUCUAGUGAUGCUAAUGCUAGUAGUGCUGCUGCUGACUCCAUUAGAGCUUCAGAUUUUGGCCUCAAGAUCGCCACUGCUUUAAGGAGCUCCGGCUGGCCUGAUGAGGUUGUUGUGUUUGCUCUUGCUACGCUUCCUAUCGUUGAGCUUCGUGGGGCUAUUCCUGUUGGUUACUGGAUGCAACUGCACCCUAUGUUGAUAACCGUGUUAUCUGUUCUUGGGAACAUGAUCCCUGUGCCAUUUAUUAUACUUUACCUGAAGAGAUACCGGUCUGCAUCUGGGUUCCUUGAUUUGCUAUUUAAGAGGGCUAAGGAGAAGGCUGGUCCAGUGAAAGAGUUUCAGUGGCUGGGGCUUAUGCUUUUUGUGGCAGUGCCAUUCCCUGGAACAGGAGCCUGGACAGGCGCCUUCAUCACUGCCAUUCUUGACAUGCCAUUCUGGUCGGGCCUGUCAGCCAAUUUUGUUGGUGUUGUACUGGCAGGGCUUCUGGUGAACUUGCUGGUGAACCUUGGUCUCAAGUAUGCCAUUAUUACAGGCAUCAUUCUCUUCUUUAUAUCCACUUUCAUGUGGACUAUCCUUAGAAAAAUUAACUCGUCUUUGAGCUCUUCAGAUCGAUGUUAAAUUAGCUAUCGAAAUUUUUUUUGUCUGCUAUUUGAUUCUGUCUACACUGAUCGGUUAUAACUCUAUAUAUGCAUCCAUCUGGAAUUUUUAUUUUGAAAAGGCACCAUGUAUCUCUGCAAAGCACCAACUGGUAUCUAAUUCUGUCUUUGCCAUUUACUUCUCCAUUUACUGCUUUUAUACAUGUAAAGGCAAGUUAUCCUAAGUGCCUAGCACCCUUAAACAUAGG